GCCUUUUCCUCCACCGGCACCCGCCUUCUCCAGCAUCCGCCUUCUCGACGCCGUGCCCCUCGCUUCUUCCACCUCGGCUCGCACGGCACGCCCGAGUGCGCUGCGCUGCCGCGCUCUGCCCGCCCGCGCCGCUCCCCGAGCGCAGCAUGGUGCAGACGCACGCCUCGCACACGCGCUAUCCUGCGCCGUACGCCACGCUCAUUCCCGCGUACUUCCAGCGCUACCCCAACCCGCUGGCCACACAUGUGCUGAGCGUCGACGUGCUGGAGCGCCGCCUCGUCUGGCGCCCGUGCGCCGCGGCCGCAGAGGUGGCCUCUGCGGCGGCGUCGUCGUCGUCGUCGUCGUCGCAGCUCGUGCUGUGCACCACGCGUCUCAUCCUCAAGCGUGGCACGCUGCCCGCCUGGGCGCCGCGCGGCAUCGUCAAGAACAGCGAGAGCUGGGUGCUGGAGCAGAGCGAGGUCGAGCUCGACGCGCCGGCGGGCAGCGGCGGCGACGACGGGCAGCGCGACGCACAGGGGCGGCGGAUGAGAGUGUGGACGCGCAAUCUGGACCAUACGCACAAGCUCGCAGUGACAGAGGGCCUUGAGCUGGCAGAGGGUAGUGCGAGAGGCGCGACGAGCUCUGCCUCUGCCAGCAACAGCGAGAGCGCACAUGCGCAUCUCACGCCGCCCGACGCCACGGCGGCCCUCUCGCGCGGCCACAUUACCAGCAACAUCAGCGUGCUGGGGCGGCGCAUUGAGAAGUUUGGCCUCAAGCGCUUCAUUGCGCAUGCAGACACGUCGCGCGAAGGCAUACUGCUCGUGCACGCCGCGCUGCUCUCCCAUCAGCCGGGCACGCUCUCCUCGACGCCGGCUCAAAAGCCGCGCCGGCAACGCCUUGCUGCCGCGCUGCGUCCGCCGUUCCUUGACGGCGACGUUCCGGGGCCGAUCAUGCGCGCACGCGCCAGACUCGAGCAGCUGCGUGCCUGGUGGCGCGAUCUGGGCCGGGCGGGCGCCGUGGGUCUGCGAGCUGGCGAGGAGGGCGAAAAGGCCAGGCCGGGCGAGUGGCUGCGGGCACGCGCCUCGACGCCGCGCGUCUCGUAUGGCAAGAGGAGCAUCAGGAGCGAGGCAAAGAGGAACAGCGAGGCGCUGACGGAGACAGGCGCCGUGGGCGACGUCGACGAGGCGUACGCGGCGAUCAGCGGCGCCGAGAUGCCAAAGAUGCGCUGCGCAGAUGCGAGCCGAUAG